AUGAUCGGGAUCGUUGGACUAACGUUACUGCUUGUACUGGCGACGGCGGCGACGGCGCUCGAGCCCAUUGUGAUCAAGGGCCAGCGUCUCUUCGGCGCCGUCUCGGGCGCGCCGUUUAUUGUGGAAGGUGUCAACUACUACCCGCGGCCCAACGCUGGCGUCAACGACAAGAACAGCGUCGACUUCUUCACCGACGAUCAGAGUGCGAUUUGGCUGCCGCACGUGGCCGCGUUCAAGGCCCUUGGCGUCAACGUCGUGCGCAUCUACUCGGUGGAUCCGACACAGCCCCACGACAAGUUCAUGUGCGCGCUCGCCUCGGCCGGGAUCUACGUGAUGAUUGAGCUCGCGUCGAGCUGUCGAGGCUGCGAGAUCACGUCCGAGGCCUACCCUGCGUGCUACCCACCGUCGCUCAAAGCGCGCGGGCAAGAAAUCAUCGCCGCGUUCUCCAAGUACAACAACGUCCUCGGGUUUAGCGCUGGCAACGAAAUCAACCACCGCGUCAAAGACAUCAAGUCGAACGCGCCGUGCCAAAAAAUGCCCAUUGGCAUUGCCGUCGCCGACGCCGACCGGUCGGCCAACGCACUCUACUACAGCUGCCGCACUGACCCGACCGACAUCCUCGAAGAUGUCGAAUGGUAUGGCCUCAACGUCUACUUGCAGUGCGACCCCAAAGCCACGACAGCCGUUGAAGGGCCCGGGUACACGGAGCUUAAGACCCAGCUCGCCUCGUACAAGAUGGUGGCGCCCGUCAUUUUGACCGAGUUUGGCUGCUUGAACAAAGGGUUCCCGACCAUCGACGGGUACGCGGCCCAGCGCACGUGGGUUCAAGUCCCGUGGAUUCGCAAGGACCCGGAUGCGCUGGCCGGCGGCGUCGCGUUUGAGUUUUCGACCGAGAACGCCAACUCGAUGGCCGACGCGCCGUACCCUUUCACGUCACACGGCGCACAAAACUACGGGCUCGGGUACUUCUCGCCGGCCACGUGCAACCACGGCAGCGUGCCCUGCGUCUACAACGACAUGCCCAACUUUAAGAGUCUCGCGCAGCAGUACGCAUCCCGCACAACCAACGCACUCGCGUCCAAGGACCAGUACACGGCGCUUCGGACGCAGCCGCCUUCGUGUCCCACAGGUUUCGCCGCCCUCAAGUCGAUCACGUGGGCUCCGGAUGCCGCCCCGAACCUGCAGUGUCCCAACUACACGCAGGUGGCGGUGUGCCCCGGCGAGAGCCCCGGCGCCGGACAUCUCGAUGGUACCAACAGCACGAUCACACCAAUGCCGUUGAUUCUUCUGACGACGGCCCCAGCUUCUAUGGCACCCGCACGUACGACCCCAGUUGCAAGCGCUGCCACAAGUGGCGUGGUCGCACUCUCGCUCGUGCUUCUUGGCGCCAUGGCGCUCGAUUUUUAA